CGUUCCCUGGACAACGCAACGCCAAACAACCGAGGGAACCCAGCGACACCUCAGGUUAACUACGGCUAAUUACUCGCUCAUGGUGACUGUGCAAAUAAUCUAAUUUUAAGUUAAUUAAACAUAAGUUGAUUACUAAUUAGAAAGCGUUAAGUUAAGAGUUAAGUCAAGAAGGCGGGAAUCGACGAAAAGCACCGCAAACAUGAGUCGUAACUGGACGUACAACCAGCAGCAGAGGUUGAUGUCUCAGCGCCAGAGUCAGGAGCAGCACAGGCAGCAGGAGGUCAGGCGUGUGGACAGAGAGCGGCAGCUGCAGGCCAGUCUGCGGGGCCAGGAGAGCUCCGAGAGGAAGAGACACCUGCGACAGGUGCAGGAGGAGCUCAGGGAGAGAGAAAUGGAGAGCGCUAUGCUGAAGGCAGAGGAAGAGAGAAUAAACAGACAAAAGCAACUUGAACAAGAGGAGAGAAUGGCUAAAGAGCUGGCCCGCAUCAACUAUGAGGCGCAAAGAGAAGAGAAAAUGAGGCAGUAUAUUAAAGAGAACAGCAUGGAGCUUCGAGAGUUGGAGUCAAAGCUGAAGUCUGCAUAUCUGAAUAAGGAAAGAGCUGCACAGAUUGCUGAGCAGGAAGCUACGAGGUUUGAGACAAUGCGCGAGGAGGCAGACUUUGCUCGCAAGAUGAAGGGUGAACGUGAGCGAACAGCCGUUGAGCAGCAGAGGCUGGAGCAGAAACGCCACGAGGAGCUGGUGCAGUAUCAGAGAGAGCUGGAGCAGCAGCUGAUGGACCGGGAGCGCAAGAGACAAGAGGCGUACGAGGAGUUCCUCAAAGAGAAGCUCCUGGUUGAUGAGAUUAUCAGGAAGAUUUAUGAAGAGGAUCAGAUGGAGAGACAGCUGAAACUGGAGAAAGUCAGAGCCACUCAGCAGCACAUUGAAGAAUUCAAGAGACAGCAGGCCGAGUGGAGACGCAUGGAGCAAGAAAAGAUUGAGGCUGAGAACAGACGCAUCAAGGAGUUUGCGAGCCAACAAGAGCACAUGGAGGAGACCAGAAUGGCUAAGAUCAGAGAGAGAGAAGAAGCAAAGGAGCAUCUUCAUAAAAUACUGUCUGACAAGAUUGAAGAGGAGAGGCAGCAGCGUGAAGAGAUGGAGCAAAUCCGUGAGGAACUUUAUUUAGAAGAACAAGAAGAGGCCAACAGGCAGAGAGAAAUUGAAGAGAUGGAGAAGAAAAUCCGACAGAGGCUGAUGAUGCAGCGGACCUGCCAGGAGCAGAUGGCUUUCAAAGAGAUCCGGAGGCAGGCGGAGAAAGAGGAGGAGGAGGCCUUCAGGAAAAUGAUGAUGGCUAAGUUUGCAGAGGACGAUCGUAUAGAGCAGAUGAACGCCCAGAAACGACGCAUGAAGCAACUUGAGCACAAACGGGAGGUGGAGAAACUGAUAGAAGACAGAGGACGGCAGCGUGAGGCAGACAUGGAACUGGAGGCUAAAGAAAGAGCGAUUGAGCAGGAGAGGGAGGCGCUGCGUCGACAGAUAGUUGAAGAAGAGAGGCAGCGACUUCUUAAACGUCACGCAACAAAACUCCUUGGAUAUCUUCCAAAGGGCUUACUCCGUGAAGAUGACCUGGAGCACUUUGAUGAAGACUUCAGAAAAAACUUCAAAACACGUCAAGCAGAUAUCUUCUCUGAAGACGGCUGGGAUGGGGAUGAUUAGAUGUUUGGAAUUGCACACCAUGCUAGUUGGCAGUUUAAGGUUACAGUGAACUAAGUAGUAUUUUUGGUGUGAUAGCACUUUAGCAUUCAGUAACAACACAAUGAUUUAGAGACAUCGUUUUAUUAGGACUGUGCUGAUCUUAAUUAAAAUCAUUCCAGAAAAGAUCUGAGGUUGUCUGGUGGCUAAAUGUGAUAAUAAUUAGGAGACAAAUGUUGAAUUCAAACUCUAAACUUUUUUAUUGUCAUACUGAUCACAUUCUGAAAGACAGUUAACUGAUGUCUUUGACUCUUCGUCUAUGACUUCCCCCAGUCUAGAGCUUUCAUGAACUCGUCUUCUGUGAACGACAGCAGCUUGGCAGCUUCAAAAUGCAUCUGCACAAAAACAAAAGUUAGUUCAUAUUUUGAUUAAAAACUCUGAACAGGGAUUGUGUUAGCAGGGUACAGCAGAGGCACUUACCUUUUGUCUUUUGAGAACGUCAAUCAGUUUGAGCUGUUUCUUGAAACCCACGAUUAGCUCUGCUUUCUGUUUUUUUAGCAUUUUGUUUUCAGCAAUAAGAUUUUCUUUACUCUGAUGUUCCUCGCUUUUCUUGUCCUUAUUCAAAAGAAUUUAAAAGACUGGAAUUAGUAGAAAUUAAGCAGAACCUUAGAUGUGUGCAGCUUAAGGUCAAAACAUGUUGAAAGUCAGUUGUAGUUGGUGCUUUAUGUAACUUUAUGGCACUUUAUGACUGAAGUUACUGAGCUCUUUGUUUUUAAUGUCACUGUAGUCAAUCUUUUAUCUAUGUAAAGGGCAUUAUCUUUUGUUUAAGAUGGUAUUACAUUAUCUUACUUCAAAAACGGCUAUACUAAGAUAAUCACAACUACAUGGCUUAAUUAAAUGACCCUGUAACACAUUUAGCUGCUAUGGCCUCUACAAGUAGAAUGUUUAUUCUCAAAUAAAGAUUCAGUUCUUUGUGA